AUGGCAGCUCUUCGCCACUCGACGCGAGUCUUCGGCACUGCCAGGACGGCGGCCCUCCGCCCCAACGUCGCCUUCACACGCUCCAUGGCCUCCGUAAGCGAGGUCGAGGAGCAGAAGCCGCGCAUGAAGACGUUCCAGAUCUAUCGUUGGAACCCCGACACGCCGACUGAGAAGCCGCGGCUACAGAGCUACACCAUCGACCUCAACAAGACCGGUCCCAUGAUGCUCGACGCCAUCAUCCGCAUCAAGAAUGAGCUCGAUCCCACCCUGACGUUCCGCAGAAGUUGUCGCGAGGGCAUCUGCGGCUCCUGCGCCAUGAACAUCAACGGCCAAAACACCCUGGCCUGCCUCUGCCGAAUCCCCUCCGAAUCUGACUCUGACGUCAAGAUCUACCCUCUUCCUCACACCUACGUUGUCAAGGACCUCGUCCCUGACCUGACGCAUUUCUACAAGCAAUACAAGUCUAUCAAGCCUUACCUCCAGCGCGAUACUCCCGCUCCCGACGGCAAGGAAUACCGCCAGAGCAAGGAGGACCGCAAGAAGCUGGACGGCCUGUACGAGUGCAUCCUCUGCGCCUGCUGCUCGACCUCGUGCCCGUCGUACUGGUGGAACUCGGAGGAGUACCUUGGCCCGGCCAUCCUGCUGCAGUCGUACCGCUGGCUCGCCGACUCGCGCGACGAGCGCACCGCGGAGCGCCAGGCCAACCUCGAGAACAACAUGAGCCUGUACCGCUGCCACACCAUCCUCAACUGCACAAAGGCCUGCCCCAAGGGCCUCAACCCCGGCAAGGCCGUCGCCGAGAUCAAGAAGCAAAUGGCUCUCGGCGCGUAA